CUGCUGCUGCUGCUGCUGCUGCGGCAUACGUCUUCCCGUGCGUUGACAACGCGUGUACCUCCUUUUUCGUGUCCUCUAUCAUCUUUAUCAGCUUUUUCCAUGGUGUCUGCCGUAGGUCGUUCGCGGUAUCCGAGAGGCCGAACAGGACGCGUCCUGCAAAGUCGUAG